AACACGUCUGGUCUUGUCAAGACUUGGACAACCACUGCUCGCGCUCGCUCUCAAACGUCACAGCUUGUUUCGGCUUGUCGAAGACGCGCUUUUGCUGACUUAACAACACCUCCUCCGCUCGCCGACCGCAAAAUGUCUGACGCCCCUCUGAGCCCCUCGCUGAAGGACCUGCCCAAGGUUGCCCCCGACUUCAAGGCGGAGCUGCAGGAGUUCAACCCCGACUCGAUGAAGAAGGCCGAGACCCAGGAGAAGAAUGUUCUGCCCUCAGCUGAAGAUGUGGCCCAGGAGAGAACCCAGCAGGCUCUGAUCAAGGGUGUCGAAGAUUUUGACACAAAAAAGCUGAAACACACCAACACGGUUGAAAAGAUUUGCUUGCCAGACAAGGAAGUUGUUGAGCAAGAAAGGGUGCACCACAACCUGUUGGAAGGCGUCAAAGGCUUCGACAAGGACUCGAUGAAGCACACAGAGACCAAUGAGAAAAAUCCCCUCCCUGACCCAGAAGCCAUUGAACUGGAGAAGGGCCAGCAAAAGCUGAUUGCAGGCAUUGAGAACUUUGACUCGAAGAGCCUGAAACCCACAGAAACCUUAGAGAAGAAUCCCCUUCCGACCAAGGAAGUGAUUGAGGCAGAGAAGUCUGCUUGAAGUGAUUUUCCAAACACCGUCGCGCUUCCCCUCUCUUCUUCCUGAGCAAGUCGUCGAAUAUGUUUUUGCCGGACGGUGGAAAUCGCUAACCAGUACUCUCUCUUAAUUAAAUUCUUUCUACUUGUAAUUUUACGAUUAUAUAUGAUUGUGGCUCUUUGUAUUUUACAUUGUAAGAGACUAAAAAAUUAUUCUUGUUUGAGAGUCGAGAUUUUGUAAUUUUCUGCAUGUUCUAAAACAAAAUCCGAGAGGUCCUUUGACAGGAUUCUCGGCUGCGGGCAAAUCCAAUAAGAAUGUAAAUCACAGUAUUUUGUAUUGCAUAACUUACACAUACAUCGGUCUGAGAGCUCAAAAAGACAUUCCUUGGGUUAUUUUCCUAGUUGCUUUUCAGACCGACACCAUUUUUUGUACGAGUCAAAGUUUCAAAAGCCAAAUUGAUGACGACGAGGUAUAUAUUUUCGAUCAAAAUUCGACGCUUUUUAAUGCAAGCGAUCGGAGCGCUUAUUUUGUAUGAUUCUGUCAGUGAAGAAAAUCAUGAUAUAAAUGCAGAUUUAAAAUAAA